AUGGCUCCGAUCGAACAAGCAACUGUUCGCCCCAUCGUCUACUACGAGUACCUCCAAGGACACUCUGCGAGAGCCGCCGCGGACAACAUCUGCGCUGCAUUCAAGGGCAACGUCGUCCACCAUUCCAUGGACGGGAAAGAUACUGAGGGCGGUUCAGCGCGAGAGACGAAGGACGAGGAAAGCCAACGCUGUCACGCGAACGUGCCCGAUACAUUCGUGCCAUCGGUGCAUGCUGAAGCCAAGGCUCUCGCGGAACCGAAAGGAAUUCAAACGGGGCCCUCGUCCAGGCAAAGUGGGAGUGAUUAUGGUGAAGCGGUGGAGGGAUUCUUUGAGGGGUUAUUUGAUGUAGCCGGCGUGGCUGCCAUUGGAGCUGCAAUAGCCAGGUCCGGUGAUGGUGCUCCUGAGAUGCCUUCGAGGGAUUCCUUAUCAAGACGUCUGCAAGAAACCAACAUCGAAUGA